GCUGGGAUUACAGGCGUGAGCCACCGCGCCCGGCCCUGGCCUUUGCCUUCUAAUCAAGACUGUAUUUCAUUUCCUCUGCACAUCCUUUCUCAUUGUGCAGGGUCUCCCAUUGCUCUGUUCCUGACUGGGAUUGCUUCUCAGCCUUGAACCUUUUGGCUGUCAGGAAUUUCAUGGACCAAAAGGGACUGCUGGUUUGCUGGCUGAUCCCGGUGUGGGGUUUGGAGUGGUUUGCACUGUGCAGAAACCUCUUGGCUCCUCUGGCAGGAAUCUGAUUGAGGCUUGGACCCCAGUAUAGGCCCUCCUGUGGUCCCAGUUGUGCUUUGCUUGUCUUUCCUUUUUUGGGGCAUCCUCUGCCCAUCAGGAGCAUGUCUGAACAUCCUUCUGAGGCUUGGAUUUGGCACAGAUGGCCUCUAAGACACUCUCAACCUUAUCUGUCCCCAUGGGAUGCCAGUUCUAGUUGUGGCCACCUUGGUUCCACCUUGGGCUUGCCUUUGUCCUUUUUUCCAUUGUUACUGGACAGCAGUGCUGAGAAGCAGGAGCUUCUGGGCUUUGAAACCAGGGCAGGGCACUGGGAGGUCCAGGUGGAAGGGAGGCAGUCAGCUCAUGGGGCCAGGGAAUGUCCUCCUAACACUCAUUCCUGAGGUCUCAGCUAUAUUUCUGUGCCCCAGUGACCUCCCUCCACACCUCACCAGCCUGAGUCAGCCCCCUGGGACCCGAUUUCUGCCUACAUCAUUGAAUCCGGAAUCGGAUCAGAAGAUCAGUCCCAAGCGUGCACCUCAUGAUCUGAAGGGCCUCCUCCACUAUUGAGACCCGAAAUGUCAGGGUCGUUUGCUGCUUGUCCCACACAGCCUCCUUCCCAGGCCUCUACUGGCUCUGCCCUCACCAUUUUCCUGUAUGGCUGCGGCCUGACAGCCCUGACAUUGCAGUGCGCCAGCUGGACACUAGAAUGCACAUGCGCCAGGCGCGAGUUACCAGGCCCAAGUGCUGAGCCGUGACUCGUGUCACAGUGACCACCACCGUUGCCUGGGGACGGAUCCUAGCGGCUUGGCAGAGCAGGAGCCCUCUUUGGCAGUGUGUCAGCCUUCGGCUGGGCCCCUCCUCUCCAGGGGAUUGUUGUCAUGGUUCCAUGGUUCUAGAAGUCAGGCAGGGCCGAACCAAGCUGAAGAAACGUCAGACGGGUCCCCAAGGGUGCACCACGAGAUCCCUAAGGAUCCCCACAAUGUAUCAGGCUUGCCUAGAUGGCAUGGGGAUGCGUCUUUUUGACAGCUGUCCCCCCCUCCCCCAUUUCGACAUAUGGCCUGCCCAUGUGCCCUGGGGCUGUUCUCUCCCCAGAGGUGGCUUCCUGGGAGAGAGCAGAACCAGCAACCUCAAGGACUGUCUGGCUGUGUUUCUGUGCGAGUGUUGGAUACCUCUGUGUGUGUGUGUGUGUGUGUGUGUGUGUGUGUGUGUGUGUGUGUGUGUUGUCUGGUGAAAUGAAUGUGGCUUGUGCAAUCGAGCGUGGUUUCCCUGUAGUCCACUUAACUUCUGGUGCACCUCUCUCUUUGGCUCUACUUGGGCUGUGGGGCCCCAUGUCCUUAGUUUUGCUCUUGGUUCCUAAAGCCUAGGUGAAGUGGGUGGCUGUCUCAGACCCGCAGGCCUCCAAAUCACCUCCCCAUCCUGAGGGGCCACUCUUUUAGAAAAAAGAACAGCACACCACACCCAAGAAAACACAUCUCGCAGGGGUCCAUGGUCCUGUGGCACACCCAGGGUUAGACCCUAGCCGUCCCUGCCUCAGGACCCCCUUGAGCCCAUUUCUAAUUCGGUUGCCAGCAGUGCAGGAGCUUCAGGAGGUGAUGUGGGCACUCCUUCAUCCUCUUUGGAUUUUCACAGCACUAUUUUGCAAGGCUGGACCUCCUCAGGGGACACAGAGCAGAGUCCCCGCCCUCGGGAGUUCACACCCAGUCCCCCGCGCUGGCCCUCGCGGCCACACCUUAACUCUCCCCGACCGGCUCUACACGCACAGCCCGAGGCUUCAGGCAGCCCCGAAUUCGGAUUCCCCUUCUCAGCCUUCUGGGUGCACUGAAACCCUCAGGACUCCGAAACCAAGUCGGACACGCCUUCGCUUCAGCUGUCUUCUCCGCGCUAGUCUCUGCGUCUGCGCACUCCUAGUAGAGGGAACUCUGAAACCUCCCGGAGCCAGCGUCCGGCGGUCCUGCGAUCUAAUUGGGAUUUGGGGUUCCGAGCCACUGUUACCACCAGCCACCACGGUCAUGGAUCUUUAGGCUUGAACUACAUUUCCCAGAGGGCAGCGGGAACACCCAGUCUAUGGCUUCCCUUCCGUUUUCGCGUGGCUCUUUUGCAAGCUCUGGAUUCUCAGGAGUUUGAAUUUUUCCAGUAUCGGAACUCUGCCAAGUAGGACUGAUCGGGUCUUACAGUUCUAAAACCAUGAUCUGUUUUCAGGAAUUAGUGACAUUCAGGGAUGUGGCCAUAGACUUCUCUCGGCAGGAGUGGGAAUACCUGGACCCUCAUCAGAGGGACUUAUACAGGGAUGUGAUGUUGGAGAACUAUAGAAAUCUAGUCUCACUGGGAGGACAUUCCAUUUCUAAGCCAGUUUUGGUUGACUUACUGGAGCAAGGAAAAGAGCCCUGGAUGAUUUUGAGGGAAGAAACACAGUUCCCAGAUUUGGACUUACAGUGUGAGAUAAUCAGCUACAUAGAAGUACCCACUUAUGAUACAGAUAUAUCCUCUACACAACAUCAGAGCAUAUAUCAGAGAGAGAAACUCUAUGAAUGUACGAAAUGUCAGAAGAAAUUUAGUAGUGGUUAUCAACUUAUUCUCCACCACAGGUUUCAUAUUAUUGAGAGACCCUAUGAAUGCAAAGAGUGUGGGAAGAACUUUCGUAGUGACUAUCAACUUACGCUACAUCAAAUAUUUCAUACUGGCGAGAAACCCUAUGAAUGUACAGAAUGUGGGAAGAACUUUAAAAGUGGUUAUCAACUGACUGUGCAUCAGAGAUUUCAUACUGGUGAGAAAACCUAUGAAUGUAGGCAGUGUGGGAAGGCCUUUAUAUAUGCCUCACACAUUGCUCAGCAUGAGAGAAUUCACAAUGGUGGGAAGCCUUAUAAAUGUCAGGAAUGUGGGAAGGCCUUUAGUCAAGGUGGACACCUUAGAAUUCAUCAAAGAGUUCAUACUGGCGAAAAACCGUAUACAUGUAAGGAAUGUGGGAAGACUUUUAGUAGUCGUUCAAAUCUUGUUGAACAUGGGCAGAUUCAUACUGAUGAGAAGCCAUAUGUAUGUGAGAAAUGCGGAAAGGCCUUUAGAAGAGGUCAUCAGCUCACUGUACACCAGAGUGUUCAUACUGGUAAAAAACCAUAUGAGUGUAAAGAAUGUGGGAAGGGCUAUACCACUGCCUCAUACUUUCUUCUACAUCAGAGAAUUCAUAAAGUUGGAAAACCCUAUGAAUGUAAGGAGUGUAAAAAAACCUUUACUUUGUAUAGAAAUCUUACUCGGCAUCAGAAUAUUCAUACUGGUGAGAAACUUUUUGAAUGCAAGCAAUGUGGGAAGACCUAUACUACUGGUUCAAAACUCUUUCAACAUCAGAAAACUCAUACUGGUGAGAAACCCUAUGAAUGUAAGGAAUGUGGAAAGGCCUUUAGCUUAUAUGGCUACCUUAAGCAACAUCAGAAAAUUCAUACUGGCAUGAAACGCUUUGAAUGUAAGGAGUGUAAGAAAACCUUUACUUUGUAUAGAAAUCUUACUCGACAUCAGAAUAUUCAUACUGGUAAGAAACUUUUUGAAUGUGAGGAAUGUGGGAAAGCCUAUAGUACUGGCUCAAACCUUAUUCAACAUCAGAAAACUCAUACUGGUGAGAAACCCUAUGAAUGUACGGAAUGUGGAAAAACUUUUAGCUUGCAUGGAUAUCUUAAUCAACAUCAGAAAAUUCAUACUGGUGUGAAACCCUAUGAAUGUAAGGUAUGUAGAAAAACCUUUACUUUCUAUAGAAAUCUUACUCUACAUCAAAGUAUUCAUACCGAUGAGAAACCUUUUGAAUGUAAGGAAUGUGGGAAGACCUUUAGACGUAGUUCACACCUUACUGCACAUCAGAGCAUUCAUGCUGAUAAAAAACCCUAUGAAUGUAAAAAAUGUGGAAAGGCCUUUAAAAUGUAUGGCUACCUUACACAACAUCAGAAAAUUCAUACUGGUGGAAAACCUCAUGAAUGUAAAGAAUGUGGCAAGGCCUUUAGUCGUGCUUCAAACCUUGUUCAACAUGACAGAAUUCAUACUGGUGAGAAACCCUAUGUGUGCAAGCAGUGUGGAAAAACCUUCAGAUAUAGUUCAGCACUUAAAGCCCAUCAGGGAAUUCAUAGGAGUAUAAAAGUAUAAGACCAUAAAGAGUACAAGAGCACCAGUCAUCAUCAGACAGUUCCACAAUGGUGAGAAAUGUUGGAAUGUUAAUCUUGUAGUUAUGUCUUUAGCAAAUGAGAGAGUUAAAAUGCAGUUCUUGCCACAUUAGAAAGCAUUCAAUGUCCUGUUUUAGUGGAACAUCUGACUAUUCAAUGGUAAAUUAAGAAAAAAA